ACGUUACUACUCUGUAGUAGUAGUAUUAAUCCAUUUUUCAGUUUCAGGUAGUAUUAUUCCUGUUUCCUUGUCGGUUCCGCCCCGUUUGAACAUCAUAGUAAAACCGAAAAUCAUGAAAAAGUUUAUGAGAGGAUGACCAAAUUAAAAUACGAGAUUCCAGUUAGCACAUGUUAGCACGCUUUCAGUUUUAAAUCAAUGUUUUUUCAAGCUUUUUUUGCCAGAAGCAAAAAUACUGUUCGUAUGUCCGAGAGGAAGCGCCAGCAUCCCUUCAAUAUUACACCGUACGUACGUACGGCAUAUGCACCCACCGGAACAGUGCCGUACAGUGCACUGAGUGCACACACAGACCACAGUCACUUACUGCGCCAUGACAGGCAAAAUUUAACAGACAGAGAAAAAUGGAAUUUCCCAACAAUAACAACCGCACAUGGAACAACUUUCCGCACGACUUAUAACCGGUCAGAAUGGAACUGCGAUAAGUCGAUAAUCAUUCAUUUUUCAUUUUACCCGAAUAAAAUGUGGAUCAAAACACUGUGUUACAACAUCCCUUUCACUCAUAUUUUGAUGUUGUACGCUCACCAGUUACUGGCAGAUCCUGUCCACUAACCAGAGACUCGGUUGCUGUAGUUGCUUGAUGUGAUCGUGAAUGCGCAUCCUGUGUGCUAGAAAAUGCCCAAAGACAUCAACGACCACAUUGACGAUGCGAAGAAGGACGUGAAGAAGAGCGUGGCCUCGGCGGCCAACAAGGUGGAGCAGACGGCCAAGAAAGCCGCCGGCAAGGACAGCACCGCCGUCGGCUUCCUUAAGGACUUCACGGCCGGUGGUAUCGCGGCCGGUGUGGCAAAGACCGCCGUGGCGCCCAUCGAACGCGUAAAACUUCUGCUACAAGUACAACAUGUGUCGAAGCAGAUUUCGGAGGACAAGCGCUACAAAGGCAUCAUCGACGCCUUCGUGCGCAUCCCCAAGGAGCAGGGCGUGGCGGCCUUUUGGCGCGGCAACCUGGCCAACGUCAUCCGCUACUUCCCCACGCAGGCCCUCAACUUCGCCUUCAAGGACCGCUAUAAACAGAUGUUCCUGUCCGGGGUGGACAAGAACAAGCAGUUCUGGCGCUUCUUUGUCGGCAAUCUGGCCUCGGGCGGCGCCGCCGGUGCCACAUCGCUGCUCUUCGUCUAUCCGUUGGAUUUCGCCAGGACACGAUUGGCCGCUGAUGUCGGUACGGGAAAGAAGGGUGGGGAGCGAGAAUUCAAGGGCCUGACGGACUGCAUUAUGAAAACCUUUCGGAAGGAUGGGAUUACGGGAUUGUACCAAGGCUUCGGCAUUUCCGUCGGCGGUAUUAUUAUUUAUCGAGCAGCGUAUUUUGGAAUGUAUGACACGGCUAAAGGGAUGGUGCCGGAAUCGAGAAAGCAAUCGCACUCCAAAGGCAUGCAGUUCCUUAUCAGUUUCGUAGUGGCUCAAGUUGUCACCACCAUUUCCGGUAUUUUGAGCUAUCCCUUCGAUACGGUUAGGAGACGGCUCAUGAUGCAGUCGGGUCGAGCGCGGGAGGAUCGCGUGUAUCGCGGCACCGUCGACGCCUUCGUAAAAAUUACCCGCGACGAGGGCAGUCGGGCCUUCUUCAAGGGCGCCUUCAGUAACAUCCUGCGUGGCACCGGCGGUGCCCUCGUGCUGGUCUUCUACGAUGAAUUCCGCCGGUUGCUCUUCGGUGGUGAAAGCAGCGGAUACAGCGAAGGCGGUGGAUAACCGGCGACGCUGUUUAUUCCACAGCCGCGGCGACUGCUAUGGGUUUUCUUGCCAGGCAUUGGUUAUGCCGCCGGGAAAACGGUUGGUGUGGAAAUGUUGUGGUUGGUGAGAGUUUUGCUCGGAUUGGAUCAAAUUAGAAUGGCAGUACCUUUUUAUUUAUUGGGCCAAGUCCAUUUUUCCUGGGAUCUUGUUAGCUUUAUAGACACAAUCAUUAUUCUGUUGUAAUUUAUAUCGCUCAUGUCAAUGAUGUUGUUCGUAUUUUUUCAUGUGAGUCUAGCUUGUUUCUGAUUCUUUUUUAUAUUUCGAAUUUUCUCUUUUUUCUAAAAUUUCAGUAAGCACGAGCGCAUUUUUUCUUCAAAAUUUAGCUUGUUUGUCAGGUAUUAAAAUAAAUCUGAAUAAUAGGUGA